GCCAGACGGACGGCGACGAGGUCGGAUUCCACAAAUCCCUCGCUGGCUUCUCCUCGCGCGCCCAGCACGCUUGCCCGCGCGAGGUGUGUGCUGCUGCCGCGGCCGUUGCCCAGAUCAAGGCCACCAACUGGGAGGCAGCCCAGGCCGCGGCGGAGUCGUCCCCAGCCCGACGCGCCAGCAAGCGUGCCCACGCGUACGCUGCCGCCUCCGCCGUUGCCCAUGUCGAGGCCAUUGAUUGGGGUGCCAGUCCCAGGCUGGGCGAAG